CUGUGUCAGUGUUUGUCAAGAGAUCAGAGGAACAUGGCUUCAUCCUUUCUGAGCUUCUCCCUCCUCUUCAUCACUGUCUACACAGCAGAUGGAUUUAUGCAUUAUGCAGAGACCAGCUGUGAGUUUAACUCCACUAAUCUGGAGAACGUCAGGUACAUCAGGUCUUAUUAUUACAACAAGUUGGAGAUCCUCAACUUUGACAGCAGUGUGGGAAAAUAUGUCGGCUACACUGAGCUGGGAGUGAUGAACGCAAAACGCUUCAACAACGAUCCUUCAGAGCUGGCUGCGAUGAAUGCUCAGAGGGAGACGUACUGCCUAAACAACGUUAAGAAUGACUACAACAAAGCUCUGACUAAAUCAGUGAAGCCGUACGUGCGGCUGCACUCAGUGGCUCCCCCUGCUGGUAAACAUCCCUCCAUGUUGGUCUGCAGCCUCUACAGCUUCUACCCCAAAACGAUCAUAGUGAAAUGGCUCAGAGACGGACAGGAAGUCACCUCUGAUGUCACUUCCACUGAGGAGAUGGCAGACGCUGAUUGGUACUACCAGAUCCACUCCCACCUGGAGUACACGCCCAGGUCUGGAGAGAAGAUCUCCUGCAAGGUGGAACACGCCAGCCUGAGUGAGCCUCUGAUUACUGACUGGGAUCCGUCCCUGCCUGAGUCAGAGAGAAACAAGAUCGCCAUCGGAGCGUCAGGACUGAUCCUGGGUCUGAUCUUAUCUCUGGCUGGAUUCAUCUACUACAAGAGGAAGUCCAGAGGACGGAUCUUGGUCCCCUCUAACUGAUCCUGAUCCUGGUCCUGGUCCUGGUCCUGGUCCUGGUCCUGGUCCUGGUCCUGGUCCUGGUCCUGGUCCUGGUCCUGAUCCUGGUCCCGGUCCUGGUCCUGGUCCUUCCUGGUCCUGGACUCAGCAGCUGCUUGUCUUUUCCUUCUUCUAUUCUGCUGGAUCUUUGAAUCAGUAAUGAUGCCUCAUAUUUGAAUGUUUCCAUGUUGAGAGUAAAAUGUGACUGUGCAGCGUAACCAGUAACAUUAUCUGUCAGUAAAUGUAGUGGAACUAAGUUUCCUCUGCAGUACAAGUACACAGCUGCAGCCUUUCUACUACUUUGGGGCCUUUUGUGAGUAAUUUCAGGGAACAGUGAUUUACAACAGUAACAUGAUGCAAUACUUUCAUAUCUAAACAUCAUAAUGAACCUACAGAUGUUGGGGCCCUUGUAGUCGGGGCCCAGGCAGUAACUGUCUAUGCUGGCUGAUGAUAAAGUGGCUCCUGUAUAUCCACUAACUGACUCCUUAACUCUGCUUCAAUCAAUAUAAUCCAUUGAUCUGAUUGAUUUUUGUGCGAUUGGUAGAUUUGAUACAAGUUUUUAUCCACAAUAAACCUUCAGAAAACCUUCAGAGAACCUUGUCACGCUCUGUGAGUUUAUUGAUGACGUUAAUAAACAGGAAGUUUGUCACCUGAUCAGUAA